GCAAGGCAAAGAUUGUGCAGAUACAGACACUCUCUUCCUCUCUGUCUACCCUAAUGCGGCUGCCUCAGUUUUUCCUCUUACAUGCUCAUUUUCUUGUCACUUUUCUUUUCAUUGACAACACCAUUGUCUUUUAAGUUUUAUCUUCUCAUUUGAAAUAGUUAAUUUACAUAAAUUUUCUUGUUUCUUUUCUUUCAUUAAAUCACUCUUAUCUUCUUUAUGAAGAGUUGAUCCCAAUGGACUUACUUCAUGAUUUUAAAAUAAGAAAAGUAUUCUCUUCUACUAUUUGCCAUUUUUAUGACUCAAUCUCUCUAUCAUAACUGCCAAGAACCUGUAGUACAAAACUGCGGGAGUGAAUAAAUUUUAUUUCUUUUUUUACUAUGAUUAACAUAUAGUUAUCCGACUUUAAAAUCAUAAUAGGAAAAAAACUAAAUAUAUUAAUCAUUUUUAAAAACUAUUAACAUGGGAUGUUCGGUGCACCAAGAUAUAUUUUGUGGGCUUAUAUUUAUUUUUGGCAUAUUAUAAAUAUGUCACAUGUUACUAUUCAUGUUUCAUUGAUUUGUAAGUUUUAUGGUGCGCAUUUCAAAUGACUUUAACAGUAAGGUGUGGAAACUGAAAUGAUGUCGUUUUAUUUGAUUCAUCCAAUCGACACGUCGCUUCCCCGUCCGGACCUAAAAAUAAAUGAAAAUAAUAACAAAAAUAAACAGAAAACUCUCAAAUACUGCUUUCACUUUCACUCACUCCCUUCUCUCUCUCUCUCAACAAAAAGGCUUCACAUACAAACACAUACUUAGAGGGAGCGAUAGAGAGUGUUUUAGCUUCCCAUUGUUAGUUUCUCUUUUCCCUUUCAAUCCCUUCUCUUCUCCUCCAUUUCUCUAUCUAAAGUUUCCAUCUUUUUUUUUCGUUUUCUUUUGUUUUAUUGGCCUCUAAAUCUCUCUAUUAACGCUAAUCGAGGUCUCAUUUCAAGUUUUAAUCAAUUAUUUGUUUUUUUGUUUCUUUUUUAGAUUUUCUUGGACAGUUUUUACAAGGUGAAUGUGGAGAGAUUUUGCUGUCUGAGGUACAGAUUCGUUAAAAAGAGAAGGAAUUAAAAGAAAGUAACUGAAGUUCUGUUUUCUUUGGUUGGUUGGUUGCUGAGAAAGUGAAUGGAAAAACAAAAGGAAAUGUUUGUAUUUUAAGGUUCAUUUUUUAGAGUGGAAAAUCGUAUUUGGCUUGCACUGAUACGUUGCAGGAACUCAAAAGUUGUAAAUUUGUAUAGCACGAAAUCUUUUAUUUUGUCUGAACUAGAGUAAAGGUGGCUGAAUAGUUCUACAAUGAAUGGGAAUAGACAAAUGGAAGUGCAUUAUAUAAACACUGGUUUUCCUUAUACUGUCACCGAAAGCUUCAUGGACUUCUUUGAGGGAUUAACACAUGUGCCUGUACAUUAUGCUCACACUGGACCAGUGCAUGAUCAGUUUUUCCUCUCUGCUCAGGAGAAUGCAUAUUGGUCGAUGAACAUGAAUGCAUACAAAUAUGGAUUUUCUGGUCCAGGGAGUACCUCUUAUUAUGGUCAUUAUGAGGUAAAUGAUAAUUUACCAAGAAUGGAUGUUGGUAGGGUAGCUUGGGAAUACCCUUCAGUGAACAUGGAAGAACCCACAACUGCAGAUACACAGUCUGAAGGAGAUGCAGCUGUUGGUGUGCAUACUCCACCAGAAGAAUGCAUCCCAAAUCCUACAAGCAGCGAUAGUCCUCAGGGUGUUUGGCAAGAUGAUGUUGAUCCAGAUAACAUGACUUAUGAGGAAUUGCUGGACUUAGGUGAGACGGUUGGAACACAAAGUAGAGGUCUGUCAGAGGAGCUUAUUAGUUUGCUUCCCACCUCAAAAUGCAAGUUUGGAGGCUUCUUCUCGAGAAAAAAAGCUGGGGAGAGAUGCGUAAUUUGCCAGAUGAGGUACAAAAGAGGCGAUAAGCAAAUGAAACUUCCGUGUAAGCAUGUCUACCAUUCCGAAUGCAUCACGAAAUGGCUUGGAAUCAACAAGAUAUGCCCGGUUUGCAACAACGAGGUAUUUGGUGAGGAAUCAAGGCAUUAAAAGAUCAAAAAACAGAAGACAGUCCCUACUCUUUGAUCCUUUUUUUCUUCUUCUAGUUCUGGUUGUUUAGUUCCUUUUUUCUUUUAUGUACACGUAGAGUUAGUCAAGGUCAAGGACCAAGGUGAUUUCCUCAUUCUCCAUAGAAGUUUUGUAACUUUUGUUUUAGUAGAGAAAAAUAUUUUAACCUGAACUUUUUUAUAGCAAGAAAAUAUGAAUUUCAGGUACAAUUAUGUUGUGAUGAUCUGGAUUAUGUGUAGCUGUGAUAUUUGCUUCCUGUA